AUGUGGCAUGUGUGCUGCCCAAACCCAGACCCAGAAUCGGAUCAUGUCCUCCUCUGUCGCUCUCUUAGACGCCAAGCUAAGCGUGCUAAAGAACUGAAAUUGAGGUCUUCUGGGGCAAAGAAAUCAUUGAAGGAGGAGGCAUUAGAUAACUUGAAAGUAUUGGGAUCAGCUUCAGUUGAAGCUAAGUCCCCACCUUCACCUGCCCAGGCAUUGUUGGGUGGAUUAACAGCUGGUGUUAUUUCCCUCAUUCUUUAUGAGUACACCACAAUUAUUGAGGCAGCUCUCAAUCACCAGACAAUUUCAGAUAAUAUCUCGGUGUGGCAGAUAACAAUAACCAUAAGGACAAUCAUAAAUGGAUUGUGCUACCUUUUGACAUUUGUUUUCAGCAUCAACUCUAUUGGUGUACUCCUUUGUAGCCUCCAGCUUACCAUUAAUUCCUUCACAGAAGAUUCUGGUGGCAAAGAUACUGAGAAUAAAGGUGAACAUAUAUCAGGCUCUCUGAAUUCGACAGCUGAGAGUCCCACAGAAUUAAAUAGCAGCAAGGAGAAUCAAAGUUCAGUUGUUAGCAUAUAAUUGUAGAAAAUGGGUUGGUUUAUAGCA